AUGGCCUCCGAAACAAGCCCACCAAAGAGCAUUGAGCAGCCCUCUGCGGCUGCGCGUGAGCCUAAGGAGAAGCUCUUUGGAAGGAAGUUUUAUGAAAGCAUUGGCAGCCCAAAAUAUGUUGUUGCUCCAAUGGUCGACAGAUCCGAAUUCGCGUGGCGCAUGCUUACUCGAUCAUUCAUGCCACCAAACGACCCGAAACCGUUACUCGCAUACACCCCAAUGUUUCACGCACGUCUUUUCGGCGAACAAGAGAACGUCCGGGCCAAACAUUUCCAACCUACCCGCAAAGGAGAGAACAAGGAUGAAUUGUUUCUUGACGGAAAUCCCGCAAUUGACCGGCCACUUUUCGUUCAAUUUUGCACAAACAACCCAGAUGAGUUCUUGGAGGCUGCCCGUCAUGUGGCACCUCAUUGCGACGCCGUGGACUUGAACCUUGGCUGCCCGCAGGGUAUCGCGAAAAAGGGACACUACGGAGCUUUCCUCCAGGAGGACUGGGACUUGAUCUAUAAGCUUGUGCAUCGGUUGCACACUGAACUCCCGAUUCCUGUCACGGUGAAAUUCCGUAUCCAGGAGACCAAGGAGAAGACCUUGGAGUAUGCUAAGAUGAUUCUCUCCGCUGGGGCCAGCAUCAUCACUGUGCAUGGACGCAGACGGGAACAAAAGGGUCACAAUACAGGAGUUGCAGACUGGAGCUAUAUCCGCUAUUUACGAGACAAUCUACCAGCGGAUACGGUAAUUUUUGCCAAUGGAAACAUUCUUAACUACGGUGACAUCGAAACCUGUCUCGAGGCGACCGGUGCCGACGCUGUGAUGAGCGCCGAAGGAAACCUAUCAGACCCGUCCAUAUUCAGCAAGCCACCCCCAGCCGGCACUGAAGGGAGAGAAUACUGGCGCGGGCGGGAUGGAAAGGGCGGUUACCGAGUUGACGCCGUGCUGCGAAGAUACCUUGAUAUCAUCUAUAAAUACGUUCUCGAACAGCCGGUUCCAGAAAGGAAGCCACUUUAUCUUCCAUCCGACCCAGUUGAUGAGUUUGCAGAAAUCAAUGAUGCCGAAAAUAACGGCCACGAGGAGGGCCCGCUCAAGAAAAAGCAAAAGCGGAGUAAGGCCGAGAAGGGCAAGAAGUGUCACUCUGCCAGCCUCGGUUUCAUGCAGGGUCAUCUCUUCCAAGUCUUGCGGCCAAUGGUUGGAACCCAUACCAACGUUCGGGAUGCUCUUGCGACAUCGAAACCAGGCGACAUGGCCGCUUUUGAGCACACCUUGGCCCUCCUCGAAGAGGCCAUUAAAGGUGGACUUCAGGAGUACGAAGCCUCUCCCGAGAAGUUUGAAGCACAACCCGAUGAGACUUUGAAGGGAUCUAAAGCAGUGAUUGCGGAGUACGGAAGGCCUUGGUGGAUCUGUCAGCCCCAUGUCCGUCCUCUGCCCGAAGAAGCAUUUGAAAGUGGAGCGAUGCGUGAAAAGGGCACAAAGCCUCCCGUUAAGAAUGAGAACGUAGAGAAUAAUACGCCCAAAGAGACUGAUACUCCCUCUGAGGGCACCAUCACGCCAGCCGAGGCUGCUGCUAUCACUGCCACCAACAUUACGCCUGAUCCUCUCGUGAGCGGAUAG